UUAGUUUGAAAAGCGCUGGAUGAUUAUCCCUCUCCUAUUUCAAGACGUUUUAGCUAAGAAAGAUUUAGUGAUGUACGUUUUACAGAGCCGACUGUCUUGAAGUUACGAAACUGUUUGAAUAUAAUUUCAAAAGUAUUGUUUUUAUGAGGUAGCUCGCCAGCGCAGCCACGCAAAAUGUGAAAUGGAGAUGUCAAGAGUGUGGAGUCCACGAACCUGGUCUCCCUGAUAAAACAAUUGAAGGAGGUCCUUGUAGCAAUAGACUGACUACAGACUCCCACCUUUGUGAUUUCCCAUGCAAAACGGCUAAACAAAUGCCUGAAGUCAGGAUCCCUAAUGCCGCAACAUCUCCCUAGUCCUAACUAUAACUUUCUCUCCACUUUUCCAUUUUUCAAGACAUCAGAUUCCCAUUCUUGAACCUGCCGAACUCUUCUAAUCCUGUCCCCAUCCCUUCUCCGUGACCCGGCAGCAUUGAAAUGCUGGGUUGUUUGCCUCGUAGGAGCAUGUCUCACAGACUGAGUAUAUUGCUGGUGCUCUUCGGCUUGGCCUGGUGUCUGCUGCUGCUUCACUACACUGUCACACAACCACGCCGCCAGAGCAGUGCAGAACUCCGCCAGCAGAUCCUUGAGCUCAGCCAUCGCUAUGUGAAAGUACUCAGCGAGGAGAACAAGAACCCCUCACGGCACCACGGCACCUCCAUGGCAGGAUAUGCUGAUUUGAAGAGGACAAUUGCUGUGCUGUUGGAUGAUGUUCUCAAUCGUUUGGUGAAGUUGGAGGGGAAAGUGGAAGCUGCUGUGAAUGCAUCAAUGCACAAUAUCUCCCGUCCUCUCCUUGCUGCAGGAGUCAAUGUUUCCAGGCCCAACAAACACAACAUGCCUGCCCACCGGCCAGAUGUACACCAGCGAAGUAACCCUCUUCAGUUCCACCCACAAUCACCUGAUCUAUCACAUAGAACGCACUCUUUAAAAUAGCAAAUGGUGGCGAUGGACAUUUUAUAUGCCACCACAUCAAAGACUGCAAUAUACAGAUAUAUUUUUAGACUUCAGCAGCAUUUAGACAUCGUUUUUGCUUUGUGCACAUGAGCUCCAGCUUGAUUGUUUUGUCUUUAAUUCAUGGAUCACAAAAUAUUUGAUAAUUUACAGUAUGCGUGUUUUGGAAGAUUAGAACUGAGAGAGUGGGACAUGAGUGUAUUUGUAUUUAUAUCAGAUUGAGUGUUUCAUAAUGUAUCUGCAAAAGGCUCUACAAUCAAAGGUAAAAUCUCCACAGCUACUGUAGCUAACAGUUUGUAGUGCCCUUAGAUGGAUUCCUGAGCAAAGGUUUACAUGUGAGAUUAAUUGUUAGGAUUCCACACAUUGCUGUGCUUUACCAAUUGAAGAGUGGAGGAAGUUCAAAUCCACAGAAUAUUUAUGUACUCCAUCAGUAGUUGGUUGAUGUCUGUAUUACAGAUUGAUUGUUAAUUUAAGAAUGGGGGAAUAUACCUCAGUUGCUUUCAAUUCAUAGAAAUGAAUCCCAACAAAGCUGAAUGCAGCAGUUAAUUUUCCAGAAAGAAUUGUGCCGCAGCCAUCAUGACUGACUUAUAAAUAUAAUAAAAUAUGUACCAGUAAGAUCUUUAAGAGUUCUGUCAUUUCACUGUAAGCAAGACACAGGUUAAACCCAUAAUACAAACUUUGUAUAUCCUCACAAAACAGUACUCUGGAGGUACCAUGAUGCAGUGAUGUAUGGUAAUACUGUACCAUGGUACGCUGAUAUACACCAUGAUAAUGAAUGCGUAUCUUGUUCACUUACCAUGUUAUUUCUGUUGUCACUGUAAAUGAGGGUUUACUUAGGGCCCCCAUAUGCACAGAAACAGACUUGUCUCUCAUCCUUUCACAGAUGACUAACCCUCAUGUCAUCAUAGAUGUGUAUGACUUUAUUCAGCAGAACACAAAUUAAGAUAUUUAGAAGGAUAUUUCAUCUCUUUAGGUCCAUACAAUGCAAUUGAAUGGGUAUUAAAUCUUUGAAGCUCGAAAUGUACAUAAAGGCAGCAUAAAAGUAAUCCAUACGAUUUGAGUGGUUAAAGCCAUGUCUUCAGAAGAGAUAUAAGUGUGGGUGAGACAAAUAUUUUAUAUUUGAUCAUCAUUCUCCACCUUCUAGGGCACCUAUUAUGCCCCUUUUCACAAGAUGCAGUUCAAAUCUUUGGUGUCCCCAGGACAUGUCUGUGAAGUUUCAGCUCAAAAUACCCUACAGAUCAUGUAUUAUACCAUGUUGAAAAUGCCAAUUUUUGGGUGGGAAUAAAAACGAGCUGUCUUAAAAUGCAAAUGAGCUGGUGCUCCCCGCUCCGUAUCCAGAAUAGGGUGGAGUUUUGACGUCUCUGCUAGGAUAACUAGACAUCAUAAGCAAUAUGACAGAGCAAAAAUAGUGGUGUUCAUCCCCUAUAUGUUUGAACUAAUGAGGGAGAGACUCCUUCUUGGACUUUGAGAAUGAACCAGGAAGUUUCUGAAUGGAUAUUUGAUCAAUUUAUUUAUUUGUUGUAGAGCUUUUCAGCAGUUUUGCAGUGAUGGAUGAGCAACACACACAAAUACUGUUACAACGUUCGCUGAAACAACACACACAAACAAAGAUGUCCAUCGGCACUGUCCAUCUGCAGUCGUUUGUGUGUUGGUUGCACUGCAUACCAGCACACAUUUAUGUUUAAACACCAUGUAAAAGUGAAUUUUGCAUAAUAGGUUUAAUUUUCAUAUGCUUCUGUUUUUGGUGAUCUGCAUUCUUCGUGCAUAUCGCCACCUACUGGUAUGGAGGAGAUAUAGAAUGAAUAAUAUUUCAAUAUUGUAGAUAGAUAGGCCAGUGGUGGCUCAGCGGUUAAGGCUCUGGGUUACUGUUGGGCCCUUGAGCAAGGCCCUUAACCCUAUCUGCUCUAGGGGCACUGUUUCAUGGCUGACCCUGUGCUCUGACCCCAGCUCAGUUGGGAUAUGUGAAAACAACUGCAUUUUAUUGGCUCUGUACCUGUACUCUGCACAAUGACAAUAAAGUUGAAUCUUAAUCUUAUCUGUUUCUCCCCCACACAUAUCAAAAGGAGGAUUACUGUCAUAACAUGCUAGUUGACCGUUAAGUUCUCUCCUAUGGUAAAAACGUGGAGGUUGUUAUGGGAGUAUAAAGGAUCUCUAGUAAUGUUCAACUAGUAUGAUAACUGACACCUACCUGUUGCAAAAUUGACUGAGUUCUCUUAAAAACAGCAAUAGAACUAUUCACAGUUGCACCGUCUUUGAUUUUUAAUGGGAAUGACAACGAGGCUAUGAGGGAUAGACUUACCAUCUCCAAGUUAUUUGUAGUAAAUGCCACACAUGUCCAAAAGGAUUGUUUUGUUCUUAUUUAGUUCUGUCUAUCUCUCUGUCUGUCUUGUUUGUCUAUUUCUCUAUCAUCUACAUUAUCUGUCCGUCUAUCUAUAUAUCUACUGUGUCUAUCCAUCCAUCUAUCUAUCUACUAUAUCUGUCUGUCCAUCUGUUCAUCCAUCCAUCUAUCUACUUUAUCUGUUUGUCUAUCUAUCCAUCCAUUGUAUCUGUCUGUCCAUCUAUCUAUCUACUUUAUCUGUUUGUCUAUCCAUCCAUCCAACUAUCUAUCCAUCCAUUGUAACUGUCUGUCCAUCUAUCUAUCUACUUUAUCUGUCUAUCUAUCUACUGUAUCUGUCAGUCUGUCUAUCCAUCCAGUUAUCUGUCAUCCAUCUAUCUAUUUAUCUGUCUACUGUAUAUGUCUGUCUAUCUAUUCAUUGUAUCUGUCCGUUCGUCUGUCUAUCUAUCAAUCAGGUACAUUUGAUAUGUAAUUUGUGUUGAGUAAAUAUGUUGUUUAUUGUAAAUUGUUAUAUGUCUCGUCACUGUCAUGACUGCUAUGUUAUGCACACAAGACUUUCACCUACUGUUGCACUUGUGUAUA